GCCACCCCCUCCCGCCCUGUUCUCUUUCAGGUCGGGCCGGGCCCGGUCGCUUCCGCGAGCGCCCGGCAGACUGAGGGAGAGAGAGAGAAAGAGGAGGGGAGGAGGAGGAGGAUUCAGGGAAUAGGAGCUGGGGAGCCCUUCUGCGCCACAGACCUCAGUGUACAUACAAAUUUACAAUCAUGAAUGUAAAGGAAAGCACACUGGAACUGCUUCCAGCUGACCGCGACCUUGAGUCUCAGCUUCUCCAUCUGUGAAAUGAAGAUACUGGUCUGUGAUAUCAGUAUCAAGAUAAAAGUUUGGAAUGGGAGAAAAAUUCUCAAAGCCUGAAAGAAAAUCUAAAUCUUUUAUGAUAUUGUCUCAAGGACCACCUGCAGCAGGAGCCCACACAUUGAAUAAAUGCAACGUAAGGAGAGGAUUUUUUUUUCUGUUGUUGCUUGUUUAAAAAAUGGUACUAUCCGGAUUCUCUAUUAAGAGAUGGGGUCUCACUCUGUCAUCCAGGCUGGAAUAUAGUGGCACAAUCAUAGCCCAUUGUAGCCUCCAUCUCAAGGACUUAAGGGAUCCUCCCUCCUAGGCCUCCCAAGUAGCUGGGAUUACAGGUACUUUUGGUGACACUGUCCAGUUCCCACGAUGUAUCAUUCCUUAUCUGAAACUAGACAUCCUCUGCAGCCAGAAGAACAAGAAGUAGGCAUUGACCCCUUGUCCAGUUACUCUAACAAGUCUGGAGGAGAUUCAAAUAAAAAUGGAAGAAGAACAAGUUCUACUUUAGACUCUGAAGGGACUUUUAAUUCCUAUAGGAAAGAAUGGGAAGAACUAUUUGUAAACAACAAUUACUUGGCAACAAUAAGGCAGAAGGGGAUUAAUGGGCAGCUGAGAAGCAGCAGGUUCCGCAGCAUUUGCUGGAAGCUGUUUCUUUGUGUUCUUCCUCAAGACAAAAGUCAAUGGAUAAGUAGAAUUGAAGAAUUAAGAGCAUGGUAUAGCAACAUUAAAGAAAUACAUAUUACCAACCCGAGGAAAGUUGUUGGCCAACAAGAUUUGAUGAUCAAUAAUCCUCUUUCACAGGAUGAAGGGAGUCUUUGGAACAAAUUCUUCCAAGAUAAAGAACUUCGAUCAAUGAUUGAACAAGAUGUCAAAAGAACGUUUCCUGAAAUGCAGUUUUUCCAACAAGAAAAUGUGAGAAAAAUUCUUACAGAUGUUCUUUUCUGUUAUGCCAGAGAAAACGAGCAGUUGCUUUAUAAACAGGGCAUGCACGAGCUGUUAGCACCUAUAGUCUUUGUCCUUCACUGUGACCACCAAGCUUUUCUACAUGCCAGUGAGUCUGCACAGCCCAGUGAGGAAAUGAAAACUCUCUUGAACCCUGAGUAUCUGGAACAUGAUGCCUAUGCAGUAUUCUCACAACUUAUGGAAACUGCUGAACCUUGGUUUUCAACUUUUGAGCAUGAUGGUCAGAAGGGGAAAGAAACACUGAUGACUCCCAUUCCCUUUGCUAGACCACAAGAUUUAGGGCCAACAAUUGCUAUUGUUACUAAAGUCAACCAGAUCCAGGAUCAUCUACUGAAGAAGCAUGAUAUUGAGCUUUACAUGCACUUGAACAGACUAGAAAUUGCACCACAGAUAUAUGGGUUAAGGUGGGUGCGGUUGCUAUUUGGACGAGAGUUCCCCCUGCAGGACCUUCUGGUGGUCUGGGAUGCCUUGUUUGCAGAUGGCCUCAGCCUGGGUUUAGUAGAUUAUAUCUUCGUAGCCAUGUUACUCUACAUCCGAGAUGCUUUGAUCUCUAGUAACUACCAGACCUGUCUCGGCCUUCUGAUGCAUUACCCAUUCAUCGGGGAUGUACACUCACUGAUUCUUAAGGCUCUGUUCCUUAGAGACCCAAAGAGAAAUCCAAGACCAGUGACUUAUCAGUUACAUCCAAAUUUAGAUUAUUACAAAGCACGAGGAGCAGACCUCAUGAAUAAAAGCCGGACCAAUGCCAAAGGUGCUCCCCUGAAUAUAAAUAAGGUCUCUAAUAGCCUGAUUAAUUUUGGAAGAAAGUUGAUUUCCCCAGCAAUGGCUCCAGGCAGUGCAGGUGGCCCUGUACCUGGAGGCAACAGCAGUAGCUCCUCCUCUGUUGCAAUUCCUACCAGGACCUCAGCAGAGGCCCCGAGCCAUCACUUGCAACAGCAACAGCAGCAGCAGAGGCUGAUGAAAUCAGAAAGCAUGCCUGUGCAAUUGAACAAAGGGCAAAGUUCUAAAAACAUCAGUUCAUCUCCAAGCGUUGAGAGUUUGCCUGGAGGAAGAGAAUUCACUGGCUCUCCACCUUCAUCUGCUACUAAAAAAGAUUCCUUUUUUAGCAACAUCUCACGUUCCCGCUCACACAGCAAAACUAUGGGCAGAAAAGAAUCUGAAGAAGAAUUAGAAGCCCAAAUUUCCUUCCUUCAAGGACAGUUGAAUGACCUGGAUGCCAUGUGCAAAUACUGUGCAAAGGUGAUGGACACUCAUCUUGUAAAUAUUCAAGAUGUGAUAUUACAAGAAAAUUUGGAAAAAGAAGAUCAAAUUCUGGUUUCCCUGGCGGGAUUAAAACAGAUCAAAGACAUUCUAAAAGGUUCCCUGCGUUUUAACCAGAGCCAGCUAGAGGCCGAAGAGAACGAACAGAUCACCAUUGCAGACAACCACUACUGCUCCAGCGGCCAGGGCCAGGGACGAGGCCAAGGCCAGAGCGAUCAAAUGUCUGGGGCCAUUAAACAGGUCUCUUCAGAAACGCCAGGGUGCACCGAUAGAGGGAGUUCCGAUGACUUCAUCCUGAUUUCCAAAGAAGAUGAUGGGAGCAGUGCCAGGGGUUCCUUCUCCGGCCAGGCCCAGCCUCUUUGCACCCUCAGAAGCACCUCUGGGAAAAGCCAGGCCCCAGCCUGCUCCCCACUGGUGUUCUCAGAUCCGCUGAUGGGCCCAACCUCAGCUUCCUCCAGCAACCCCAGCUCCAGUCCUGAUGACGACAGCAGCAAGGACUCUGGCUUCACCAUUGUGAGUCCCCUGGACAUCUGACCACAGUUCCCAGUCCUGCCCCACAGGGAUCUAGCCACCCUUUAGUGGCUCCAAGGCCAGACUGAGGCUCGUCCAGUGGAGACCCUUCUUAAACCACUGCUUCCUUCCCGGCAUGCAUUUGGCAUUGGUCCAGCCCUUUGAAACCCCUUAGAGAGAAGCAUAUAUGGCCACAAAGCACACAGGCUUAGGUUUGCCAAAUGCAGACAGGGCUUUCUGGGCCCUUACCUAAUCUCCACCCGACUCUUGCUCUGAGUUAGAGCGGAGUUACGUACCCAGUAUCACGGCUCACAGUUAGAAAAGACCGAAUCACAAUUGGAAUCACUUUUCUUCUGUCCCCUGCUCCCAAGCUAAGAAUGUGUGGCAACUCCAUCAGUUAUACUUAGAAGGAGGAGAAAUAGUUACUUUCGUAUCUUCUGUCCCUCAAAGCAUCAGACAUAGGAAAAUUGGUUUAUACCAAGAAAGCUUCCUCUGUGGAAAUCUGUCUCAGCCUACUUUAUUCCUGCAUUGGGAAGCCAUAUCGCAGAGCUAAAUGCAAUAGAAUGAACUAGAACUAGUGGAUUCCAGGGCUGGGGGGAAAAAAACCCUCAUUACUGACCUCUCAAAGUUAUAAGGAUCUCUGCAAACAGGGUCUAAACUUAGGAAUCAUAUUUAGGUGUGAUAUAGUGUUAGAUUUUUUUGAUGUAUUAAAGAAUGCAUCUCCAAUCCUUAGGCCAUUAUCAACUUUGGCCAUCAGUAUCUCUCCUUAAACAAUUGUAUUUCACCUUUUAGAAUCUUUCAUAGCCAGAAAACAAGAUUACUAUAAGCCAGUUUUUGCUGCACUGAUUUCAAAAGAUAUAAGAACAUUACUAUCCUUCAAAUGGAAAAUGUGACCUUGACUUUAUGGGAUAAACAUCUUUCAGUCAGUCAGUUUUCUAGUCAAGUUUCUCUGGUUUCAGAGCUGUAUAUACCUGUCAACUGAGGAAUAAAGGGAAAAACCCAAGUUCAUUCCCACCCAAAGUCAGAAUCCCUGGUUGGCCUUAAGGUAGCAGUCAUAAGACAGAGAAUUGGACCUAGAGUCCCUUCUGUGGGGAAUAAGGAUACCUAGAGAACAUUCCAGAUGCCAAGAGGAUGCAGGAUUUCUACACAACUCCUUCCCUUCUUGGAAGUCAAGUGUAGGAACUGCAGGGCCUGUGCUCAGCUGUGAACCCUGUAUCCUGGGCACCACUGCCGGGACCGGGUCUGACAUGUCAGUGCCUUCCUGGGCUCAACACAGAUUAGAGACUCUCCCCCUUGUCAGUCAGCACCGUAGGAAACCAUGAUGGGCACAGAGCAUCACAUGAGCUGUUUCUCUCCUUAAAGAUCAUCCCUGGAAAGGAUGCUUUUCCUCUCCUUUGCCUGCGCAGGAAUUCUAACAGCAGUGGGUGAGGAUGGCAGAGAGACACAGUGCCUGUCUCGCCUCCAUCAGGGAGAGCAGCCAUGCCAGGGAUGACUGGCUCUUUGAGCCUGUCCUCAGAGGAUGGCGAGGCAGCUGGGCAGUGGAGGCCUUCAUGGUAACAAAUGAAAGCUCAGUAUAGAGGAACAGACACUGUUUACGUCCCUCCCACUGCUAACCUUAUAUAUCUCUAUAGACAAAUGUGAUAAUAACAUGAUUUCCCACCUGCCCUCCAAGAAAAUGGUGACUCACUCUCAAGUCAGCUACUGUAGAGAGGGUUCUAAUUGGUUCUGCAACUUGCUCUUAAACUCUAGCAGGGAAGUCUCCUCUUACCACAUCAGCAUGUAAGGUGAAUAAUAACUCUGGUUUUGCCAGACAACAGGUUGUCUGGCUUUCAACCACUGGGCAAUUGCCUGGCAGAUGCACACAGUAGCUCCCUGGCUUCUGGCUCUGAGUGUCCCUCUCAGGACCUCUGAGUAAGUUGCUGCCAAGCACAUAUCCCUAUGACAACACUUUGUAAAAGCCGCGGGGCCCCCCUACAGCGAGUGACCUUGCAACUGUGCAGGGUUGCCAUUGGUCACUUUCUCACCUUGGGAAGGUGUCAGUGUUUUCAGUUCUAAGGUAAGAGGUGUAGAGCUGUUCCCGCCAGGGCUCUGGGACAGACUGGAAAGGACCACAGAGCUGGCCCAUCCCUGGGCAGCUGGGGCACUGUCACCUGCUGACCUCUAGUAUUUCCUUUGCCCUAGAGCUAGAGUUACGAUAGAUGAGGGUCACUGGCCCUGCAAGAGUCACUAGGCACCCACCAUGCCAAUAAGGCUCUCCGCUGGCUCCCUGCAGUUGGCUGGGUGUUUAAUAGUCACUGAAAACUCCCAGCCCUGCUGCACACUAGAGGCAGGUCCUGUCGGUCCUCUCCAUCCUGUGCUCCUGUGUUGGUGGCAUGUGAGGACCAAUGGGCUCACUCAGAGAUAUUGCUUCUGUGGCCCCCAACAAGCUCACCCCCUCCUUGGAGGAGAGAGACAUACAAGGAUAGUGGGUCAUGGGCAGUACCAGCCUCAAAUUCCCACAGGCUCAUACUCAGACAAUUGUAUUACUGCCUUAUGUUUUUUAAGUGUUUUUUUAUUAUUAUUAUUCAUAGUUGAGUAUUAUUUGCAAUUUUAUUAGUUACAGUGCUAUUAAAGAAUAUGUGUUCCUUUUUAUUAUUUUAUCAGAUACUUAUGUUUAAUUGUACAUUUUUUAAAUCCUGAAUAUAUUGUGUUUUGUUAACAAAUGUAAUCAGUGGAACCCUUAUGUUUUGAUUAUUAGCAGUUAAAUACAUUUUGUAUACAUGAAGCUUAGAUUAAUUCCCAUCAUCAUCUCCUUUUUUUAUAUAUGUCCCUAUGUGUUUCAUGCAUUCCUCUUUGAUCAGAUUGGAAUUUGAGUUAAAAUUUAGCUUUGUACAUUACAGACUAGCAAGUCUAAUUACUUUGCCUUACCUUGAGUGUAUGCCACAGGGUCAGAUAACACGUUAAACAUUUAGUUACACUGGAUUACUCUUCCAAAGCCGACCUCCUGCUAAUGUUCAGAGGUAACUGCAAUCCGGAAAGAAAUAAUAUCACUGCAGAAAGAAUGUGACUCUAAAAAUAAACCAGGACCUCCCUGUGAUUUGCCUUGUCUGCAGAUGACCGAUUGACUCUUGUGCCGUCAGCCCCCGGGGUUGCUAAGGAAGCUGCCUCAGGGAGUUGGGGGUUAGUUGCCCGCUCUCAACAGGAAUGCCUCCUCUGCUUUGUCAGAGAUGCUGAACAAAUAUCACACUCUGUGGCAGUCAUGCUGGCCUCCUAAUAAUAACCUGUCAGAGUUGAUGCACAUUAUUUUUGUUUUUAUUUUAUUUUUUUAAGGAACUCUGCCAAGGGUUCAUUAUAGAACAGGAGUGUAUACGGAGGACUUAGGUCCCCACAUAGUGGCCAUUCUGUGGCGGCUCCAACCAAUUCCAUCCCUCUUUUCCUGGGUACACACACCUGGCCCCUGGCCCCUGCUCUGUGUGUCUAGAGGAGGGGCACUGGGGAGGCUGCGGAGCAGAGAGAAGAGGCCAGAUGCACUGAGGAUGGCACCUGGCAAGCCAGGCUUCCUUCUCAAAGGCCAGACUGCCUUCUCCGUGUUACUCACUAAAGCUCUCUUUUUAUAGUGUUAAAAAGAUAUAGAAAGUUCGUAUAAACAGGUUUGAGACCACUUUGAUGUAAAAGCUGUCAUAGUGGUUUUUCUUCUCACAGUGGCACAAUUCAUUUGACUGAUGGAAUAUUCAGUGAUGCCAUUUAUGUCCUAUCGCUUUUUUCUCAUCCAUCUUUAUGCUAUAACUCAUAUUGAUUUAAGAAAUGAUUUCUCCUUUUGGCAAAGCGACCUCAUUCAGUAUGGUUAUAAUAAAAGACUAAUGUCAAACUGA